UACCUCCUCACUCCCCUCUCAUAGUUCCAUUUUCUCCUCUCAAUUUCUCUCAUCAACGUCUAAAGUAGAUAACAGUCCUUCUAGUUCCUAUAAUAUUUUCUCGAUCCAAUUCUAGAAAUUGAAAUACAUAUAACAUUGUAUGCCCGUUGAUUGUUUCCCUUCAAACAUGACAAUUAUGCCUCCUCCUCCAGAGCCAUUAGUAUUUGAUGCUUCAAUCCUUCAGCACCGAGCCAACUUACCCUCCCAGUUCAUUUGGCCUGACCACGAAAAACCAUGCCUUGAACCCCCAGAACUUUCAAUCCCUCCUAUUGAUUUCGGAAGCUUCCUCGCUGGAGAUCCUUUGGCGGUCUCAAAACUUGCCCAGCAAGUAAAUGAGGCAUGCAAGAAGCAUGGUUUCUUUGUAAUUGUUAAUCAUGGUGUUGACUCAAAGCUUAUAGCUAAAGCUCAUGAGGGUAUGAACAUGUUCUUUGGUAAGCAGCUCUCGGAGAAGCCAGCUCAAAGGAAGAUAGGAGAGCAAUAUGGGUAUGCCAGUAGCUUCACUGGAAGAUUCUCCUCCAAGCUUCCAUGGAAAGAAACACUUUCUUUCAGAUAUUGUGCUGACAAUCAGUCCUCUAACAUCGUCCAAGAAUACUUCUUGAAUGUAAUGGGAGAAGAAUUCAAACAGUUCGGGAAGGUGUACCAAGAAUAUUGUGAAGCCAUGAACACUCUUUCCCUUGGAAUUAUGGAGCUAUUAGGAGUAAGUCUAGGAGUUGGAAGAGAAUAUUUUAGAGAUUUCUUCGAAGGAAAUGAUUCAAUAAUGAGACUAAAUUACUACCCUCCUUGCCAAAAACCGGAAUUAACUCUUGGCACUGGGCCUCACUGUGAUCCUACAUCUUUAACAAUUCUUCAUCAAGAUCAUGUCAGUGGCCUUCAAGUGUUCGUCGACGAAAAAUGGCACUCCGUUACUCCUGAUCCGGAAGCUUUCGUCGUUAACAUUGGUGACACAUUCAUGGCUCUAUCAAAUGGCAUUUUCAAGAGUUGCUUGCAUAGAGCAGUGGUAAAUAACGUAACAGUAAGGAAAUCCCUUGCUUUCUUUCUAUGUCCAAAAAUGGACAAGGUGGUGAAGCCACCAAAUACUUUGGUCGACUAUAAAAAUCCAAGGGUAUAUCCGGACUUCACAUGGCCAGCUUUGUCAGAAUUCACACAAAAACAUUACAGGGCUGACAUGAAAACCCUAGAUGUCUUCACAACCUGGCUUCAACAAAAAAACAACUGCGGGGGUACCAAAAAUGCUUCUUCCUGUUAAUUAGGCUGAGGAAAGUGACAUUAUAACAGUGUACAAUGCUAGGUGCAAAGAAGGAGGGACUUGGUUCUUCAUGGUGUGUAUUUAGAGGAAAAGUCAGCAGAAGAACCAAAAAACAGGCCAGCCCUGUAAGUAGCUGCUAGUGUGUUAGUGUUGGAGAGAAUCACAUCAAUGCAAGUAAUAAGCAAAUUGUAGGAAUAAAGAUUUGAAUGGGCUCCAUGCAUGUCUUCUUAUUGUUUUUUAUUGUUAUUUUAAUUUUAUUAAUACAAGACAUGUAUAGAUUCUAUGUA